AUGCCCAUCUCCGUUGUUGUCGGCGGCGACGUCGUCAUCAAUGGCCCGCUGCACCGGCCCAUCGCCGCCAACCCGGUCUACCGCGAGCUGCACACCGCCGACGCCAACUUUGUGAACCUCGAAAUGCCGUUUGCCUCACCGACGGCCGCCGCCAACACUGACACCUACGGCGCCGAGAAGCUGAUUGCGCUGCACGCGGAUCCGUCGCAUGCGCCCGUGCUGCGCGAUCUGGGCUUGGACGUCGUGACGGUGGCCAACAACCACGGCAUGGACUUUGGCGUGGGCGGCCUGCGCACGACCCUCCAAGCACUGGACGGCGUGGGGAUUGCCCACGUCGGCGGCGGCGAGACCCAGGCGGAGGCUUUUGGCGUUGUCGUCCAAAAGGGCAUCGCCUUUCUCGGCGUCACGACGACGCUGCCCAACGGCAGCGGUGCCGGGCGCGCGCGACCUGGCCUCGCCGGCGUGCGCGUCUUCACCAAGUACGUGGUGGACACGGUGUCGCUGGACGAGUCGCCCGGGAUGGCGCCGUUUGUGGAGACGCAGACGUACGCGGCGGACGAGGCGGUGCUGCUCGACGCGAUCCGGCAGGCGGCCGCCCGCACAGACGUGUCGGUCGUCGUCGUUGGCAUUCACUGGGGCGUGCCGUAUGGGUGGGUGGCCGCCACGCAGGACGAGAUUGCACAGUACCAGCGGCCACUGGCACGGGCCAUGGUGGACGCCGGUGCGUCCGUCGUUGUGGGCCACCACCCGCACGUGGUGCAGGGCGUCGAAUUGUAUCGCGGUGCACCCAUCUUUUACAGCCUGGGCAACUUUAUCUUUAGUAACGACAUUGUGACACCGGAUGAGACGUUCCGGACAUACCCGCCGUACGAAUGGGGCAGUCUGCAAAAGACACUGUCGAACAUUGGGUCUUUGGCGCGGCUCGAGUGGGACGAGGGCAAACUGACGGGCUGUGUCAUGAUCCCAGUGACAGUGGAGGCCGACGGUGAGCCAACCUACGCCACGGCGGCCGACGCCGAGGUGCUCGUGGCACGCGUGCGCAGCAUGUCGCAGGCGUAUGGCGCGGCUGUCGAGCUGGUCCAGACCAGCGACGGACACUAUGCCAUUCGUGUGACGGAGGCAAAGUAA